ACACAUGCAAAGCAAGGUGAUAACUAUAAACCAUCUGUCAACGAAUUGAAGCACUGUGAGACACAAAACGUUUCUCAGUUUUACCAUCAAACAAGAAUUGAGGCAGAAAGAAGAAGCGACACAGAAUCAAAUACGAUGAAACUGAGACUCAGAUCCUUGGAAUCCAAAGAAACCCUAAAAAUCGAUGUCCCCAAUUCAUGUUCUCUGCAGCAACUCAUUGACACCGUUUCUCACACCAUCUCUUCUUCUUCCUCUUCUCUGCACCUUUCCCUCAACAGAAAGGACGAAAUUCGCGCCUCUUCGCCGAACGACUCUCUUCACUCCCUUGGCGUCGCCGCCGGCGACCUCAUAUUCUACUCUCUCAACCCCAACGCCUUCUCCCACGAAACCCUCCCCCACAAGCCAGAAACCGCUUCUCGCGACCGACCCACCAUCCAAAACUCUCAGGAAACCGUCGCCUGCGACGCGCCCUCGAACCCCACCGUGGAAAAGCAUCCGAGUUUGGAUUCAGCGGAGGUUGAAACUGUCGAAAUGGUUAAUGGAUCUGACGAGGCGGUGGUGGUGAGUACCAAUUCAGAACCUUUCUUUGUGAGAAGGGUUUUAAAAGAAGCCCUCGGAAACAACGUCAGUGAUUUCAAGUUGUUAGUUUUUACGGUCCACGGUGUGAUUCUUGAGUCUGGGUUUGUUCGAAUCGACAAGGAUUCGGGUAUGGCGGUCAGUUGUUCUCACCUUCUUGAUGAUUCUCCUUCUGCGUUUUCUUCGGUGAUAUCGUUGAGGUAUGCCCUGCCUGAAAUUCUGGUUAAUGGUGCUUCGCAUAGUGUGAAUUUGAAAUUUCAGACAUUGGGGCAUUUUGUGAAUGUUUGUGGGUCGUUGUCUGAUGAUACUGGGUCGAGGUUGCACUAUGUUUGUCUGGAUAGACGUAAAUAUGUCAGGCCAUUAGAGUUGAUGCUGGCAAAUUCUGAAUCUAAGGGCAGUGUUAAUGACGGGGAAGAGAUUAGCUUUGGGAACGAAGUUUUUGAAAUGUGGAAAAUGGUGAAAGACAGGCUUGCAUUACCACUGUUGAUUGAUCUUUGUGAAAAGGCUGGAUUGGAUCUUCCACCUUGUUUCAUGCGGUUACCGAUGGAGCUUAAGCUCUUGAUUUUGGAGCGUCUUCCCGGUGUUGAUUUGGCCAAAGUAGCUUGCACCUGUUCAGAGUUGCGAUACUUGUCAACCAGCAAUGAGUUGUGGAAGAAGAAGUAUAUAGAGGAGUUUGGGCAAGGCGAGACUAGAGGAUGGCUUUUCAAGGAUUUGUUUGCAGUGUCCUGGGAAACAAAAAAGAGAUCGCAAGGGGUUCCUUUUCGACGACAAGGGGUUUCAAGACACUUUAUUCUCCCACCCAACCCUUUUAGAAUGCCUCCUGCUCCUCCAAUUUGGGGUGGAGAAUAUGGUGUGCAGCCAUUCUUUGGUGUUGCAUUCCCUAGGUACCAGCCAGGCCGGAUUAUCAUUCCUCCGUGUACUCUGAGAGAUUUCAACCCAUAAGCUGCUGAGUUAAAUUCUCCUCAUCAAUGAAGUGUAGUGCUGGGACCCAAACCUUGGCAACGAAGAUACUGAAACAGGGAGCUGCUGUAUUUGCCAUGGAAACUGGAGACUGAAGUGAAAGGCAACCUCCAUAAAGGAAGUGAAAUAAACUGUUUUUGUAUAUAGUUUUUUUUGUUAAACUGCUUAUGGAUGUUAUGACAAUGGAUCUUUCGAGUAUUAUUGAACGAAAUGUGAUGUUCAAAAUUUGAGUGUAUACAUUGUAAA